AUGCUAGAAGAGGUGGAGUCAAUCCAUCAAAACCUGGUCGGCAUCCGCGACAAGCUCAAGGCGAUGAAGGCAGAGCCGAAGCAGCACAGCCAGGAGGAGGUGCACCACCUGCAGCAGAUGCUCGACGCCAUCGACUCGCGUCGCAAGGACGGCAUCUUUGCAGGCUCCCUCAAGACUGGCGUCCCCGAGGGUCAAGCUCUCUGCCUCGAAGUGCUGGACGAGGCUUAUGACCUGGUCAGCGAACUGAUGGCGGAGACCCCCGAGAUGUCUCCGGAAAUUCGGCACACGUACACGAUGCUGGCGGGGAUCAAGAACAAGCUGAUCAAGCUCAAGGCGUCGCGCACGUACUCGCUGGAUGACGUGCACCACUACCAGCUCAUGGUCGACUCCAUCGACGCCGCGCGCAAGGACGGCAUCUUUGGCGGAGACGUCAACAACAUCCCCUCGGGCCAAGCGCAAUGCGCCAACAUACUGUUUCAAGUAUACGAGCUGCUGCGGCAGCUGCUGGCGUCGGCGCCGGAGAUGAACCCGCAGAUGCGCGGCAUCUACUCGCACCUGGCGGGCAUUCGGCGCAAGCUGGCGGACAUGCGGCAGCACAACGUGACGCACACGUGCGACGACCUGCAGAUGUACCAGGUGCAGCUGGACGCCAUCGACAAGGACCGCGAGGACGGCAUCUUCGGCGGGUCCCUCUCCACCAAGGUGCCUGCGGGGCAGGCGCUCUGCUCCACGCUGCUCGCGCAGUGCUACAAGCUGGUCGGCGAGCUGCAGGAGACCGCCACGGAUGCUUAG